AUGCAUAUUAUCAAAAACCCUCAGAUAUGUGGUGGAUUAGGUGGCGGUGGUGGAGGACUAAGAGGUGGUGCGGAAAUUGGAGAUGGUGUUGGAUUGCAGUUGGGGUCGAAUGGAAGUAUUGGUGGUGGUGGUGGUUUCCAAUCGGAUCUAAAACUUAACGGAUGUAUAAUCUUAUUUUCACAUAUAAGACGGUGGUGUUGCAGAUGUAAUGACGUUAGUUGUGGUGGAGACGAUAGAGUUGAUGGUGGUAGUGGUGGUGGCAACAGAAAUCGUGGUGACGGUGGGAACGAUGAAGAUGGUGGUGGUAGGAGCGUAGAAUAUGGUGGUGGGAGCGAUCAGAUUUAUUUCUGUUAUAAGAGUGGAAGAUGA